UUCCUGGAUAAUAGGCCUUUGAGUCAAAAAGGAUAAACUAGGGUCAAAGGAUAACGGUGAUGCAGCAGUAUUUGUGAAGUGGUCUCAGAAACAACAACCAACACAUACACAUCUUUUCUUACUUUGGAGAUGUCAAAAGAGCAAGUUAGCGGUGAGAACAUGCAGCUCAGUGAGGAACAGCUGCAUCAGAUAGAGCAAAACAGACGCGCUGCACUGGAACGACUGGCCAAACGAAAUGUACCUGUACCCGUUGGUGAAAGCUGGCGAAAAAAAAUUGGGACUGAAUUUACGAAACCUUAUUUUACAAAACUAAUGUCUUUUGUUACAAUGGAGAGGAAAUGCUUUACUGUGUAUCCCAGCCCUGAGCAGGUGUUUCAUUGUACAACUCUGUGUGCAAUUGAAGAUGUAAAAGUGGUCAUUCUUGGACAAGACCCCUAUCACCAUCCAGGUCAGGCUCAUGGUUUGGCCUUCAGUGUGCUGAGGCCUAAACCUCCUCCUCCUAGUUUGGAAAACAUAUUUAUGGAGCUGAAAGAAGAUAUUGUUGGCUUCCGGCACCCAGGUCAUGGAGACCUCACAGGAUGGGCUAAACAGGGUGUUCUGCUGCUGAAUUCUGUGUUAACAGUGAGGGCUCAUCAACCCACCUCUCAUGAGGGUCAAGGCUGGGAGAUCUUCACAGAUGCUGUGGUCCUGUGGCUCAGCAGGAACCUCAAUGGCCUGGUCUUUCUGCUUUGGGGCUCUUAUGCUCAGAGGAAAGGCAGAGUGAUUGACAGAAAACGUCAUCGUGUCCUUGAGACUUCACAUCCAUCACAUUACUCAGCACAUUUAGGCUUCUUUGGAUGCAGGCACUUCUCUAAAACUAACACGCUACUUAAAGCAUCCGGAAAGAAGCCGAUUGAUUGGACAGCUCUCUGACAUUAUGUUAUUUAUUUUUUUAAACUCUUUUUUUUUUUGUAAAACAGAGAGGCUGUGAAAAUUAAAUAUUAUACAUUAAAUGUUUUGUAUUGCAUAGUGCAGUUAUGGUGCAAAUGGGUCACAGCCACCGGCUGAACUUGAAAUCAUCUAUGUUGUUAUAUCUACAUGUUGACCUUGUAAACAUGUUGUGAAAUAUAUUCAUAAACGGUAUUCAUAUUCAUUCAUUGUACACCACAUAUUUCAGCUAAACGUUAAAAACUAAAAAGUGUUGUUUGAUCAUUUUAGAACUAUAAGUUAAGAACUAGCGACAUUAAUCCCUUUAAAGAGGUUUAAACUACUGC